AGCGUGAAAGAUAUGCAAAACAUAUGACACGUCGUGAAGAAGAAAUAUCUGUCUCUGAAUCUUCAGAAAGCCCUCGAGACCGAAAAAACCGCCUAGCAAGAGAAGUCUACGCUCUUCGUCGCGCAAAUGAAACUACUGAAGAAACUGAACAACAUAGAACUGCCCAAAGACAAGUAUAUACUCGCCGUAUUGCAGCUGAAACUAUUGAAGAAGCUGAGUACGAAAAUGCUGAGCAAGCUGAUUUACGUAAAAAAAAACAGAAUGAAGCUAAGUACAAUAUCUCUAAUGCGGCACAUAUUAAAAAUUAUGAUACAAAUGCUGUACGUCGACAUAACGUUGGACGUAUGAAUAUUUGUUGCACAGAAUGCAAAGCACUGCAUUGGAUUGAAGAAAAAGUCGCUGGAACCAAAAAAUUACCAAUUUUUAGCACCUGUUGCACGAAAGGCAAGGUACAACUACCUGAUAUUUCUCCACCACCUCCACUUUUGC